GUAUGCUUCCACUGUAGAAAGCCAGGACAUGGUGUUGCAGAUUGCCCAGCUGCACUUGACAGCCAAGAUAUGGGAACUGGAAUUUGUUAUCGUUGUGGAUCUACAGAGCAUGAAAUCAAGAAAUGCAAAGCAAAAAUAGAUCCUGCUCUUGGAGAAUUUCCAUAUGCAAAAUGCUUUAUUUGUGGUGAGAUGGGACAUCUUUCCAGAUCAUGUCCAGAUAAUCCUAAAGGACUCUAUGCUGAAGGAGGUUCUUGCAGGGUUUGUGGAUCCGUGGAGCACUUUAAAAAAGAUUGUCCAGAGAAUCAAAAUUCAGGUGGGGAAAUGAGGAACUCUUUAAAAUCAUGA